GGCGGGCGCUCGACGUUGCGCCGUUUCCGCAAUUAAAUUGCACGGGAAUUUAAUUUGUGCCUUUCUCGGCCCUCGGAGGUCCGUGCGAAGGUAGCGACGGCCGCCACGUGUGCACACAUCCAGCGACCUUGGACCCGCGAGCGAAGAUGGAUCUAAAACGGCGACUGUUGCGGGUGGACCAUCUCCCGAUGAUGGCGUUGCAAUUGACGGAAAUCGAGUCACUCGAAAUUCGGACCCCACGUGUCGAGUUCGACCCCCAUGCAGUCGACGACGUCGAUGCGGAAGCAGUGUUGCCGGUAGGACCAUCUCAAACGGAACCUGGAAUGGACGAGGUUGCCCGGAAAAAGCAAUGCGGCAAAAUCGAACUCGAGGCAUGCUUGGUCGGCACAGAAUUGCAUGGCCGGUUACCCGACCAAGGCGCACUGCUUGGGGAUGUGUACGACGAAAUCCCCGACGAAUCGGACGAAGUCGUCUACGACGCGCUGGAAAAAGCGUACAACGCUGCGUUCUCGAACAGCACAAUGGACAGAGUCGAGCGCGACCGGAAAUUCCACGAGCAAGUCACGAAGGUCCAUGUCCACCAUCGUUCGCGGCCCUUUCAGAAACGACAGUGCUCAGCAGAGAGCUUUAAUGCGUGGAAGGAACGCCUUCUCGAAGGACGGAAGGAAGCGUUUUUUGCCGUGCUCAAGACCAAAGCAUGGGACGACCUCAACGACUACCGCGAGUAUUUUAUUCAGCAGCACCAACGGAAGCUGAACGCGCUACGAAACCGCAAGCUCGAGCAAGGCGUGAAUGCCGCUGCUAUUUGGCGGGACGACAUCGUCAGAGGGACGUGCGCAGUCCACGUGGCGGCCACCAACAUGGACGAGCAUUGCAGCCGUCGCAAGGCGCAGCUUCGUGAACUGGUGACGCGGUGUCGAGAUUUGCAACUCAAGCGACAAACAAGGCUCAAAUCCAAGGACGCAUUUGGAGACAAAAAAUUGUCAUCUUCCUCGGCGACACACGUAUCUGCCACCGACGCACACCACGUCAAAGAUGCUGACGAGACCGCCGCGUUAUCCCGUCAGACCAAGAAGAAUGGCGCGGCUGGCAACCCCAUCAUGAUUGCUCGGCCGAGGGACGUCCUGUCCGAUAACGCAAAACUCAUCCAGUACCUGAUGGAAGAAGGAGACACGUUCGUCGAUCUGUUGCUGGGGAACCGCCUUCCCGUUGCAUCGCAUGGCCGAACUGGGGCCGUGGCGAAUCUCUCGCAGAUUGUCGGGCUCGCCGAGACGAGCUCGAGCAAGUUGUAUCAAGACCACAUCGAUGCGCUGGCGGAAUUCGACGCCGAUUGGAACCUUCGCCACCGACGCAAACCGCGCCGCAAGUCGCCGUAUUUUUCACAUGGCUCCACGUUGAGCUCUCCCAUUGCCGUCGAGAUAUCGAAUCCUUUUCAAGAGAGCAGCAGUUCCAAGUGGACGUGGUUGGAAAACGAAGCAUCCAUGGAGGACCAUCCAGACAAGUCUGGAAUCGUGCAAGCAAUUCUGCAAGGGCCGGCAGUGACCCCAGAUACCCACCGAAGGAUGAAGGGACUGUAUAAGCAAGGCGUGAAUGGUGUCCUGAUCCCGACAGUGUCGAACGCCAUCUCAGCCUAUCAUCAAGUAACGGCACUACUGGCGGACGUGGCAUUUGUGGAAGGCAAGUGGGGUCCGCAUUUGAUUGUGACGCCCCAUUUCCACGAUUGGGAAGGUGCGAUUUCGUCGUUGUGUCCGUCCCUGCGAGUCCUGCCGUACUGGGGCAACGCAGAAGACAGAAGAACCCUUCGACAACAGUGGACUCGACGCCACGACCGCCAUGAAGACGCGUUCCACGUGGUGUUGACUACCUACCGGGCGCUGUUUGAAGAUGCUGCACACUUUCAGCAUAUGCUGUGGCAGGUAGUCACAUUCGAUGCCGCAUGCACAGCCGCAGCCGCGCUGGAUGGCGGGUACUCGCAAUGGGCAGGGCUUGCCUUGGGUCUUCGUUGUCGCCAGCGCUGGUUCAUGUUGGAAACGGAUGCCGACAUCGACUUGAGGCUGUUGCUGCACUUUGUGGGACCCGCCUUAUUCGAUUCAAAGCAAAAGGCCAUGGCGUGGGGCACUGCUGCGUUGGACGAUGUUGCUGUGCAGUCGCUGCGGUCCAUUGUUCAAAGGGUCUGCGUGGGCUUUCACGGCGCAUCCGAGGCAUCGGCUCUCGACCAAGCCACCAACCACACGCUCGCCUUGAGUGCCGAAGAGCGCGCAGAGCUCGUGGCGUUGGAUGCAACCCCCGUGAUGGAAUACGUGCUGGCAAACCCGGACGACACUAUGGUUGGGCCGUCGGAAAUGGACCUCCUGGAAAAGUACCAGCGGCUCAACCACCGAGCCAAGAUUGUUGUCGACACAAAACGACUCAUGCUGCGGACGCCAACGACCCCCCUGUUUGAAAACCCGAUCGCGCUCUCGCUACCAAAGCCCACCGUCGUCGAUCCAAAGCUGAUUGCAUGCAAACAUUGCGCCAAGACGUUCAUGACGUCGAGUGGUCUCCUCAAACACACUAAGUCGGAUCACGCCCCCGCCGGCACGUGGACAUGCCGGAAAUGCGGCGUGGAUUGCGGGACAAUGGCUCUACGCAACGCCCACGAGCGCCAAGAGCACGAUGAAUCGAUCACACCGUCCAACAAACCCACUGAACUGACGGCAGCACAAUCCACGAUGAACAACAAUUCGGGCGCAUCGCACCACAGCCACACAUCGGGCAGCACUUGCACGUCUGGUGGCGUUCCUGCCCACUCGUCGUCCGCAUCGUCCGCGCCACCGAAACCGACCCGAAGAUCGACUGGCGGAGGAGGCAACAAGAAACGUGUGACAAGGUGUGGCAAGUGCCCUGGGUGUCUCUCGGGCGAUUGCAUGGAGUGCGGCCAUUGCCAAGACAUGAAAAAGUACGGCGGGCCAGGCCUGCGAAAGCAAUCGUGCAAGAACCGCAAGUGCACGAAUCCCCAAGUUCUUGGGUCGGUCGGCGGGGACGACGAUGAGACAAAGCCGACCGAUGAGUUCCUCGACGCGUCUUCCGAUUCGUCUGGCGGCGACACGUCCGAGAGCGAAGUCGACGACGACACGAGUAGACAUGUUGUGCCUGCCCCCGACUCGGACGACGAAGUCGACUCCAUGGACUCGGACGAUGCCGCCGAUGAUGAUAAUGCCCCAAUCAAGUCAUCCAAGGGCGGAAGAAGCAAGGCGAGUCGGGCCGCCGCGGCUGCAGCUGCCAGCAGUCGAACGCGCGUCAUGCGAUGUGGCGUAUGCGUUGGAUGUUUGGCCGGGGACUGCCUCAAGUGCCGCCAUUGCCAAGACAUGAAGAAGUAUGGUGGACCGGGUCUGCGAAAGCAGUCGUGCAAGAGCCGCAAAUGCGUCACCCCAAAGGUUGUGAUGCUGAAUCAAGGCCAAGACGACGAAAACAGCGACAUGAUCCUCUACGACGAGCAGCAGCACACACCGAAAUCAAGCGCGGGCGGCAGCGCGACGCCAUCGUCGUUCUCGGCGUUAGUCUCGUCGACCUCUGCGACGCCUGGUGCGAGUUCUACGUCGUCGUCAGUAGGCAAAAUGGCCGUCACAACGCCAUUGUGGGAAAGAGAAACGAUGGCGGAGGCCGCGUCCGUCCUCGCGCCUUUGCUACACAUGCAGUCGCAGUUGAAUCGGUUCCUCAAGAUCACAUGCCUUCGAUGCAAUGCCAAGUUUUUGAACCAAAGCAUCAAAUCGCUGCACGAUGUCGUCGUCCAUCAGCACACCGUUGCUGUGCCACGGUGGCAACGCGCGUUUGUGCGAGACCGGCUUGGAACGAUCGAGUUUCAGUACAGCCUCAUCGCCACGGACCCUCGACGCAAGAAACCACUCGACUUUGAGCCAGUGGGGUACGCCAAGUUAGUGGGACCGGGAAUGUCGUUCUAUAUGCUCCGCCCUCAAGCCGUUCUCGGCCGAGUCGGCUCGGAGUGGAAGGAGCGGUACAGGACAAUGGGGCUUGACCUUCACCGAGGGCUGUCUGGCGGUGAUGUCGACUGCCACCUCGGCGAUGAUCUCAUGAUCUCCGCCCAACAUGUCAAGAUUCGAUGGGAUGUGCGCUGGCAGCGCUAUGUGAUCGAGUGCCUCAGUGUUCUCACGCCGUUGUCCGUGAAUGGCCACGAAGUGUCAUUUGGCAUGGCGCCGCAGCCGCUGGCAAGUCAGAGUCUUAUUCAAGUCGGUGCUUUCUACUUCUACUUUCUCUUGCCCGUGGCGUCCACCCUGCAUCUCCGCCCAACGACGACGGCGAUGGACCUUACGCAGACGUUCCGGCAUCGCCAAGGCCUUCCACGGCAGGAAGUGUAUGCGUGGCUCGCCCACAAGCGCGCGGCCCUGAGACUACAAAAGCGACAGCAGGGAAGCGAAGAUGGCUGUGGCAGCCACGGCACACCAGUGAAGCGAAAAUGCCAGGACGGUAUUGACAACGCACCGAUGAAGCGACAGAAAGAGACGGCGGACGUAAUGGACGUACACCGUCCAGUCGACAGGAGUUCCGUCGCGUAGACGAGAGCUUGUCGUAUUGUUUAAUGAGGAUCAUGUCGUCCAUUAGGCAGAAGUGUGCAUGGACCAUAUACC